AUGGCGCCCCAUUCAUCACAGUCAUCUGCCCCUUCGCCGUCUCUCAAGAGAAAACAAGCAAGCAUAUCCAGCUUCUUUACCCAGAAACCUGCAUCCGCUGCGCCUCAAGACCCUGGAGCCACCCCCGCCAAGACACCGCAAAAGCGACAAGCGUCAACAAUCGUGAAGACCAACGAGUCGAAGCAGGGGAAUACAAUUCCAACCGGGGAUGAUGAAGAUGGCGAGGAAGACGAGGAUAUUGUGGCCCCAGCACCAAAGCGAGCAAAGACAAGCGGUGCAGACGCAGAAGAACCCAUUCGAGUUGCGACGAGGAUGCCCGCUGAACCCGCCUCCCAACCGAGCAGUCAACGAACCGAUAUCUUCAAGUUCCAAAGCUCUCCCGCGAACGCUGCAGAACCCACACACAAUGAGAACAGCGAGGAAGAAGCUCGACGGAAAGAGAAGGAAAAGCUACACAAGCAAUUCGUCCAGAAGCUCGGCGGAACAGAUUGCCAAAUUGGAAUUGAAAGAAAUGCAGUGAACGAUGUCGCAAGCGCAGAGACUGAGGCUGCAGAGGCAGAAGAGGAUGACGAGCCUCCACCUCCUCCGACGAAAGGAAAGGGUGCCAAGAAGACGGCAAGCAAGCUCACGCCUAUGGAGAAACAGGUCAUUGAGAUCAAACGCCAGCAUAUGAGUACGGUGCUAGUCAUCGAGGUUGGAUACAAGUUCCGGUUCUUCGGAGAAGAUGCGCGCAUCGCAGCCAAGGAACUAGGCAUUGUGUGCAUCCCAGGCAAGUUUAGAUUUGACGAGCAUCCAUCGGAAGCACAUAUUGGUCGGUUCGCUUCAGCUAGUAUCCCAGUACAUCGAUUGCAUGUACAUGUGAAACGACUUGUCACGGCCGGCCACAAGGUUGGCGUGGUGCGUCAAAUUGAGACAGCUGCUCUCAAAGCUGCAGGCGAUAACCGUAAUGCGCCCUUCGUUCGCAAGUUGACCAACCUCUACACCAAAGGAACCUACAUCGAUGACACCGAAGGUCUAGAGGGUCCUGCCCCGGCGGCUGGAGGAGCAUCACCUGCAACUGGAUACAUGCUUUGCAUGGCCGAGUCCAACGCCAAGGGCCACGGGAAUGACGAGCGAGUGAACGUUGGAAUUGUUGCUGUUCAGCCAGCGACGGGUGACGUGAUCUAUGAUGAAUUCGAAGAUGGUUUCAUGCGCAGCGAAAUUGAGACAAGAUUAUUGCACAUUGCACCCUGCGAAAUCUUGAUUGUUGGUGAGAUGUCUCGUGCAAGUGAAAAGCUUGUGCAACAUCUGUCUGGAAGCAAAAUGAAUGUCUUCGGAGAUGCUGUACGUCUUGAGCGAGCCCCGAAGGAGAAGGCAUCUGCUUCAGAGGCACACAGCCAUGUAUCCGGCUUUUACGCUGGGAAGAUGAAGUCAACAAGCAAUUCAGAGGACGCCCAAGCUGCUAAACUGCUUGAAAAUGUUCUUGGUCUUCCUGAGCAGGUGACUAUCUGUCUCUCUGCCAUGAUCGAACAUAUGACCGAGUAUGGCCUGGAACACGUCUUCGACCUUACGAAAUACUUCCAACCCUUCUCAGCUCGCUCGCAUAUGAUGUUGAAUGGAAACACAUUGGUCAGCCUGGAAAUCUACCAGAACCAGACCGAUCACUCGGCGAAGGGUAGCUUGUUCUGGACCCUGGAUCGAACUAAAACCCGAUUUGGACAGCGUAUGCUGCGACAGUGGGUUGGGCGACCUUUGCUAGACAAGGUGCGCCUUGAGGAGCGAACGAACGCCGUAGAGGAGCUUAUCGAUCCUGCCCGAGCCGGCUCGGUGGAAAGAAUUCAAGGUCUGUUGGGCAAAGUCAAGAGCGAUCUGGAAAAGAGUCUCAUUCGCAUCUACUAUGGAAAGUGCACGCGACCAGAACUUCUCACUGUUCUACAAGCUAUGCAGAUGAUAGCAAUGGAGUUUGCCGAUAUCAAGUCACCAGGUCAGACUGGCUUUGUCUCUUCGCUUGUGAGCGAGUCCGUCGCCUCCCUACCGACCAUCCGGAAAGACAUCGUCAAGUUCCUUGACAAGAUCAAUAUGCAUGCUGCCCGCACCAAUGACAAAUACACAUUCUUCCGUGAGGCAGAGGAAACAGAAGAGAUUGGCGAGAACAAGCUACAGAUCGGAAGCAUCGAGCAUAGUCUAUCCGAACACCUCAAAGAGGCGGCGACUACCAUUGGAAGAGGCAAAAUCGAAUACUCGACGGUAUCUGGCAUUGAGUAUUUGAUCGAGAUUGAAAAUACCUCACCGGCAUUGAAACGUGUCCCAGCAUCGUGGAUCAAAGUCAGUGGCACAAAGAGAGUAUCGCGUUUCCACACACCACAAGUCAUUCAACUCACUCGCGAACGUGACCAACACAGAGAGGCACUUGCAGCAGCUUGCGACGAGGCAUUCGCCGCUCUAUUGGCCGAUAUUGCAGCACAGUACCAAGCUCUCCGAGACUGUGUGCAAUCUCUCGCAACGCUUGACUGCCUCUUGUCUCUCGCGGAGAUCGCCGAGCAACCCGGCUAUGUCAAGCCUAUCUUCACAGAGGAGUCAGGCAUCCACAUCGAGCAAGGCCGUCAUCCCAUGGUAGAGAACCUUUUGACAGACGCCUACGUACCCAACGAUACCAAUCUUCAGCACGAUGAGACACGAGCCCUCCUUGUGACAGGCCCGAAUAUGGGCGGCAAGUCCAGUUACGUGCGGCAAGUGGCAUUGAUUGCAAUCAUGGGCCAAAUUGGCUCCUAUGUUCCCGCAGAAUCAGCACGACUGGGUCUCCUGGACGCUGUUUUCACUCGCAUGGGUGCCUUUGACAACAUGCUCGCCGGCGAAUCAACAUUCAUGGUCGAGCUCUCCGAAACAGCCGAUAUUCUCAAGCAGGCCACGCCGCGCUCAUUGGUCAUUCUCGACGAAUUAGGCCGUGGCACAUCGACACAUGAUGGUGUUGCUAUCGCGCAGGCAGUGCUCGACUACAUGGUCCGAUCCAUCGGGUCUCUCACUUUCUUCAUCACACACUACCAACACCUUUCGCGAAUGGUCCACUCCUUCCCAGACCAUGCUCUCCGCAAUGUCCACAUGCGAUUCACGGAGACUGGCAAUAAGGAUAAAGAUGGGGAGGAGGAAAUCGCCUUCCUCUACGAGGUUACCGAGGGCGUCGCACAUCGCAGUUACGGGCUGAAUGUUGCGCGAUUGGCGAAUCUGCCUUCAGGUGUGCUUGAGGUUGCUCGACAGAAAAGCACUGAACUAGAGGAGUCUAUUCGUCGAAAACGGUUGGCUGGCCUUGUCGGUGCUGUCGGCCGUGUCCUUGAUAAGGGCUCUGGCCAGUCAGCUGGGGAUGAGCUGUUCGAUAGGCUUGUGGCUAGUGCCGAGCAGUUAUAG